GAGGACACGCUUCUUGUAAAGGUAGGCGCGAUUGAAGACGUGGAGACGUUGAGAGGAAGGGCGUCGCAGAAAAUUAUAAAAGAGCGAACGUUCGACGAGAGUGGGGCAGUCACUUCCAACUGUGCACCUGGGGCACCACGAUCGGGAUAUCUGCAGAUUCAAGUAGGUCACCAGGCGUCUUUCAAACAAGAUCAAGAUGGGAGCAGUCGAAUGGGUAAUCGAUGAGGAUGAAUAUGUGUGCACUCUCUCGGAGGAGACUCAAAAAGUCGCCAAGGAUGAGCUCAGAGAGGACAAGAACACCAGAGAUCAAGCUCUCGAGCAGAUGCGCAAUUGGAUUAAGCUGAACCCUCGCAUUCAAAAUUGCCGUCUCGAUGCACGAUUCCUACUAAAAUUCUUGCGAUGUAAAAAAUUCAACGUCCCGAUGGCCCAGGAGGCUACAGAAAGGUACCUGCUGCUCCGUCAGGUGUAUCAACCAGCAUUUCAUAACUUGGAUAUUACAGAACCGAAUAUGGAAGAGUUACUGUCAUUGGGAUAUCUCUUCGCCGCACCUGGCCGUGAUGCAAAAGGCCGUCGCAUAAUAAUCGCUAGACCAGGUGUUUUUGAUCCUCAUAAAUAUACAAACGUGGACAUGUGCAAAAUCCAUGCCAUCACUUAUGAGUCGCUAAUGGAAGAUGAGGAAAGUCAAGUACGUGGUUUUGUGCAUUUUGCCGAUGGUGCCGGCGUCAGUUUCCCCCAUUUGACUCUCUUUACCCCAAAAGAAGCUGUGCGCAUCGUGAAAAAUGGCGAGCGUACUGUACCAAUGAGACAUAAGGAAGUCCACGCGAUCAAUUCGCAUCCCUCGCUAAAAUUCGCCUUGGACUUCGGACUAUCAUUGAUUUCUGACAAGAUUAGAAGUCGGGUAAGGAUUUAUACAAGUCUUGAGGACGCUAUCAAUAACAAGAUGGAUGUGAGCAUGUUGCCCAAGGAAUACGGUGGCACAAUUCCCAUGAAGGAAAUGAUAGAUCUGUGGCGGAAAGAGGUAAUAGCACAAAGACCCACGUUACUGAACAACGAUAAGAUGAGAGUCCAUCUAGAGUUGUACUCGGAGAAGGCGCGAGAAGGCGCCGUCUCGGCUCUGAAACAAGGAUUCGGUUGUUCCAGCGUAGGUUCUAAUGAUUCUGCGAUGUACGGAAUAACCGGAUCCUUCAGAAAGCUCGAAGUAGAUUGAUGUACACCAGAUACUCUUUGCUAAAUACAUUUUUUAUCUAGAUAAUAAGUGGCGCGGGAUCGCGAUACAGACUGGUUUGGAAAUUACAAUCUUAUUGUUAGAUUAGUACUCUGGUAUUAAGAGGAUAUAAUUUUAUUUUUGUACUAUGUAAAGAUAUAGAGAUAUCACUGAUAUGUGUGCAUAUUAUUUAGAAUCGCACUAUAAUAGAUAU